UUAGGAAAAGUAGUUGCAAUUCAAUUCCAUAAACAAAAACAAAGUACAUUUUUGCUAACAUUGUUACCUGAGUCUGUUUUUUGAGCUUUGACGAGCAAUUUUAUAAGGCCAGAAGCUGGGUCUAUGUUAACAGUUUUUCUAGGAUGGACAAGAGACACAACAGUCACCACCAAUCCUUCUUGGAGCCCACAUCAAAUAUCCCAUUUUCUUCCGUGGUCAGGUGGGAGGGACAAGGACCUAAGCAAGGAAGCCCAGACUUGCCUCUCCCGAGCCAAUUCGUCUAGCUCAUCUGGGAGGAUCCUCAGGUGUUCUGUUCAGCAUGUCCUGGGUCACCCCCGGGGCCUCCUCCAGGUGGGAUGUGCCCAUAACGUCUCACGAGGGAGGUGUCCAGGAGGCAUCGUAACUAGAUCGGUACUCAACAUUAACGCUGGCCUGGGGCCACCAUGCCGGUGUGUACGGCCAACACCUACCUAUAGACUAAGCGUGGGCAAAUUAUGGCCCACAUCCAACCCACCCACAAUCUCUGACGUGCCGUCACAGUCACCGUGAAGUCAAAUUAAAACAUUAAAUAUGCCGUUUUGUAUUUCGCAAAAUUUAUGUUUUCAUUUUUUAAAUGAUGACAUGGACUUCCUGUGUCCUCUAAUUUCCUCCCACAUUCCAAAAACAAUCACGGUAAGUUAAUUGAUCACUCAAAAUUGUACGGAGGUGUGAUUGUGAAUUUGAAUGAUUGUUUGUCUAUGCAUGCCCUGCAAUUGGCUGGCAUCCAGUUCAGGAUGCACUCUUCCUACUGCCGAAAGUCAGCUGAGAUAGGCUCCAGCACGUCCGCGACCCUCGUGAGGAUAAAACGGUUCAGAUAAUGGAUGGAGAGAAUAGAGAAAAUCAGAAUAGAAUUAAUAAAAAAAAUAACUGCAUUUUAUCUGAUCGAUUUGGACAUGUCCGACUGCAUUUGAAUGCACCUCAAGUGUGCCGAGAUUUCAAUGUUUCCACUCUCAUUAGCGCUGACAGUUUCCUAUCAUAGAAUGGCGCCGUAAUUAACUUGCGGUUUCUUAGCGUCCUAAAUCAGUAAUUGAAUAAGAUUUCGUUUUGCCGUUGUACGAUGAGCAAGCAACUCUGUCAUGGCACAGCUGUGAUAAGGUAACCAAAAUGUCGAGAAGGUAAGUCAGGCUAGCUGUCACACGAGCACGGAAGCCAACUUCAAAAUAAAAGCACAGUUGGGCUAUUUUCGACAGUGUAUUAGGUGAGUUUUUAUUUUGAAGUUAGCGUGUUACGUUACAAACAUGAUUACUGCGUCCAUGUCGGCGCACACGGCAAAUAAAUUUAGCGCAUGAAGAAAAAAAAAAUCCCGUUGUAUAUUUUUUUUCUAAGUUUGAGGUAUCCGAAUUACUAGAGGAGUCGUGUGGCAAAGUACAAGACAAAAUACAAGAGAGGGUACUAUGUGGGCUUGAAGCAAAAAUUGAGAAGUGCUCACUCAAAGCACUGCUUAUGGUUUUUGUGGCUUGUGCCUGAAGAAAUUUACACACGACCUGCCUCGUUUGUCAGCGCGACCAAAGGAAGGACAAACUGUGAAUGCACCGCUGCUGACGUGAACAUGCAUGCAUGAGAUAAGUGGCGCAAGUUACUGGAACCGUUCGAGAGCACUUGACUCUGGCGGCCACGCGAGGGCAUUCGCCUGACGCGCUCUCCUCUUUCCCCUCAUGUGCCAAAAUCCCUCCCCUCCUCCCCGGUCGUCCCCCAGUCGUCCCAGCCGGCAGCAGCCGCUCUUGAAGCGGCGUCCAGGCGGCCAUGAAGGCUCACGCGUGUCCGCGCAGGCUGGUCCUCAGCCUCCGCCUCCGCUCCCGGUCGGCGGUGGCGGCUGCCGCGCUGGCCGUGCUGCUCAUCCAGACUCUGCUGGUGUGGAACUUCAGCAACCUGGACAACUCGUCCGGGGGGGAGCGAAACGACCGCGAGAAGCGAGCCGUCAUCCCCGAAAAAGCCGACGGGCAGCUGCACAGGAGCGGACUGCAGCGGAGAAGUGAAUUGUCAAAGGCCGUCGGGAGGGACAGGCUCCGAGUCGACGCUUACCGCACGCACCGGCCCAAAGAGAAGCGACAUCCGUCCCCCGACAGCAACAACAACGAGAACUCGGUCCCCAAAGACUUGGAGCACGUGGACGGCGGGCACCCCGCAGAGCGCUCGCAGCGCCGGCGCGCCGACACCAAAGCGCAAAACGUGCCGGCAAAAGCAGCGCAGCGUGCGGUCGCGCUCCCUCGGGUGGGAGUGGGUGGCCGACUGCGGACGCCGCAGACAACAUCUGCCGCCCCAUCGCCGGCGACAGAUUGCGAGAUGGGAAGUAAGGAAGUCAUCUCGGCGCUGUCACGGGCCAAAAGUCGCGAGUGUCGUCAGCGGAUUGCCGAUGUCUACUGCCGCCACAAGGACAACCUACUCAUGCCUGCUAAAUUGCCAACGUACUGCCCCCUGCAGGGUAAAGUGAGCGUGAACGUCCAAUGGGAUGAGGAGGAGGCAUCCGACCGGGCGCCGGGGUCUCCAGUGCGUCUGGCCUUCGUGCUGGUGGUGCACGGGCGCGCCUCGCGACAGUUCCGCCGCCUCUUCAAGGCCAUAUACCACACGGCGCACUUCUACUACAUCCACGUGGACCAGAGGUCGGACUUCCUGCACCGCGAGGUGACGCUGCUCGCCGGCCAGUACGCCAAUGUGCGCGUGACGCCGUGGAGGAUGGCCACCAUCUGGGGCGGGGCCAGCCUGCUCAGCAUGUACCUGCGCGCCAUGGAGGACCUCCUGGACAUGCGCGACUGGUCCUGGGACUUCUUCGUCAACCUGAGCGCCGCCGAUUACCCUGUCAGGACCAACGACCAGCUGGUGGCCUUCUUGUCCAAACAUCGUCACCUCAACUUCAUCAAGUCUCACGGCCGUGACAAUGCCCGUUUCAUUCGCAAGCAGGGCCUGGACCGCCUCUUCCUGGAGUGCGACACGCACAUGUGGCGGCUUGGUGACCGCAAGAUCCCGGAAGGCGUCGCGGUGGACGGCGGUUCCGACUGGUUCUUGCUCAAUCGAGCCUUCGUCGACUACGUGGUGCGAUCCACUGAUGAGCUGGUCUCCGGCUUGAAGCGAUUCUACACCUUCACGCUGCUUCCUGCCGAGUCGUUCUUUCACACGGUGCUGGAGAACAGCGCCCUCUGUGGCAGCAUGGUGGACAACAACCUGCGGCUGACCAACUGGAACCGCAAGCUGGGCUGCAAAUGUCAGUACAAGCACAUCGUGGAUUGGUGCGGCUGCUCGCCCAACGACUUCCAGCCCGCCGACAUGCCGCGCUUCCUGCAAACGCCGCGUCCCACCUUUUUCGCAAGGAAGUUUGAAGCCAGCAUCAGCCAGGAAAUCAUCAACCAGCUGGACGCGCACUUGUUCGGGUCGCCUCCGCCGGGCCUGCCGGGCCUGAGCGCAUACUGGGAGAACAUCUACGAGGCGGAGACGGAUAGCGCUGACGGCCUGACGGACGCCGCGCUCAGCCACUACCACGCCUUCGCCCGCUUGGGCCUGGAGCGAGCCGCCGCCUCACUGCGGGGACGCGCCGCCAAUGACAGCUGCAGAUAUGAGGUGACGGGGCACCCCACGUCCGUGCAUAUGUACUUCGUGUCGGACCAGUUCCAGGGCUACCUGGUACGCCACACGGCGGUCAACCGAGCCUCUGCACGGAUGGAGACUCUGGAGACCUGGGUGACCCCUCAGGACCACUUCAGCCUGGCUGAACCCCCCAACCCUGCCAACCGGCUGCAGCACAUACAGGUGGGGGCAGACUGGGACCCCAAGGAGCGAAUGUUCCGCCGGCGUGGGAGCCCGCUGGGCCCUGAGGACGAGGUGUCAGCAGUGCAGCGAUGGAGCCGCGCUGCGACCAACCUGACGGCGACGGUGGUGUGGAUCGACCCCACAAACGUGAUCGCCGCCACCUACGACAUCCACGUGGACGCAGCAGCUGACGUCACUCACUACCGCCCUCCGCUGGCUGCGCCGCUGCGGCCUGGUGUCUGGACCCUACGGGUCCUCAACCGCUGGAGUCCACUCGGACAGACGCACUUUCUCAUCGCCCCUCUAGAGUUCCGCCGCUGGCGGCCGAUUACAGAAGAGGAGGCUCGUGUGACACACUGCGGUCCGUCGGGUCGGUCGUACAUGGAGCAGAGCUUUCACGGGCUGAACCCGGUGCUGCGUCUGCCGCUCAGCUUGGCCGCGGUGGAGGAAGCGGAGGCCAACGCCAGCCUGACUGGGGCGCCGCUAUGCCGCUGGCUGGAUCGCCUCCUGGCUGGCUUCUGGGCGGCGGCCGGUGUGUGUUCCGCCGGUCCCGCCCCCACCUCUUGCCCCAUCCUACCUCGCUGCCGCCGCACCGCCUGGAGCUCGGACAGCCCCGAUCCCAAAUCCCAUUUGGGGCCCACAAGGCCUGACGGACACAUCAGGUAGCCCCAGGAGCUUUUGUGUACUUUUAUUUUGAAGGUCCACGCGUCUUCACUGUCUGCACUCGAGUGCUGAAAAGGUUUUCGAUGAUCUGGGUGGGGCGGCCCUAGGUAGUCCAGUGGUUAGCACGUCGGCUUCACAGUGCAGAGGUACCGGGUUCGAUUCCAGCUCCGGCCUCCCUGUGUGGAGUUUGCAUGUUCUCCCCGGGCCUGCACGGGUUUUCUCCGGGUGCUCCGGUUUCCUCCCACAUUCCAAAAACAUGCGUGGCAGGCUGAUUGAACACUCUAAAUUGUCCCUCGGUGUGAGUGUGAGUGCGGAUAGUUGUUCGUUUCUGUGUGCCCUGCGAUUGGCUGGCAACCGAUUCAGGGUGUCCCCCGCCUACUGCCUGAAGACAGCUGGGAUAGGCUCCAGCACCCCCCGCGACCCUUGUGAGGAUCAAGCGGCUCGGAAGAUGAAUGAAUGAAUGAUCUGGGUGGAUUUGUCCUCCCACUGACAUUGUUCACCUUUAUUUAUUCAUGAAUUCAUUUUCAUGUUAAGUCUUUUAAUAUCACAAAUAAUCCUAAAAUAUUCAUUCAGAUGCAUUUUUUUAAUUUAUAAAUUUAUUUGUUAUUCAUUGAUCUCAUUUAAUUGUGAUUUGCUGUAAUAUGAUCAUGUUCUUACAUAAUUUAUUGUUAAUAUUUUAUUCAUUCUCGAUAAUAGAAUACAAAGGAUAAUUACAUAUUUCAUUGGUAGUUUUAUAUUCGAACUCAUAUUCGUAAAUUUUAUGAAGUAACUAAGGAUUGUAUCAAAGCACAAAUUUUCAAUGCCGUAAUUUUCCAUGAGCAGAAUUGCUAAUUGAUCGUUUUAAUUAAUUCAUAUCUCAUGAUUGGCGAAUCAGCAGAAAACAGGCAAAAUAAACAAUUUUAUAUGUAACUAUGUGGUACUCAUUAGUUGGUUUAUUACAAUUAAAAACAGAAUAAAAAAUUGGAAUUCAAAUGCACUGUUGGCAAUUUUAAAGCUUAAAAUGAAAGCACAAAUGAUUUUCUCCAUCUUGAUUUGGCCGAAUGACGUAAAAAGUGAAACGGUGCUUUUGACGGGAUGACUGCUCACUUCCUGCCUCUGUUUUGCGGAGAGUGACGUCACUAGAUUAUUGUGUGUGUGCGUGUGUGUCUGUGAGGGUGUGGAUGUGGGCACUUUCCGGUGUUGGGCCCCCAAGGAGCAGCCGGUGCCCAGGUAGGCACAAGAUAGACGCAAAGAUAUUUAUUGAUUUAUGUUGGAAUGUAUUGACAAAGUAUUUAUUUGCUAUUACCAUGGCAAGCGCGGAACGUUUCAUUGCAGCGUGCCUCAAAGGAGUCCCUUGUGAGACUCAUUCUUGG